AUGAUGACGCGAAACCCAGAUAUUUUGUUUAUGACAGAAUAUAUAAAAAAUGUGCUAUAUUUCGCUACAGUAAGGCAAGGAAAAGCCCUAAAAAGCACAGCAGAAGCACACUACUUUUGUAUAGAUAACGAAUUAGUGUACGAAAAUUACUAUUCAGACUUCGGUCCUUUAAAUCUCGGUUGUGUGUACAUGUAUUGUAAACUGUUAAAUGAAAAAUUGAAACAGUUUUUAAAUAAGCUAAGUAUUGUACACUACACGUCUGUUGAUCCCAAGAAGAAAGCAAAUGCUGCUUUUCUUUUAGGGUGUUACGGAGUUUUGUAUCUGAGACUAACGCCAAAGGAUGCUUUAAAACCUCUUACGAUUCAUGGGCAAAGUUACCGGCAUUUCCAAGACGCAACGCAAGAUGAUUCAGUUUACACAAUAUCAUUGUUAGACUGUUUGCAAGCUAUCAAGAAGGCGAAGGAGUUGGGAUUCUUCAACUUCCAAGACUUUAAUUAUGAAGAAUAUAAAAGAUUAGACAAAAUACAAGGUGGCGAUUUAAAUUGGAUCUUACCUGGAAAGUUUCUUGCUUUUAUUGGUCCUGUGGACUACAGCGUGUCUUUAUAUCACCCACCUGAAAUGUACAUAGAUUAUUUUAAAGAAAAUAAUGUUAAAGUAGUUAUUAGGCUAAAUAAGAGAAUGUAUGAUGGAAACGUAUUCAACAACGCUAAUAUACUGCAUUAUGAUCUAUUUUUCCCUGACGGUUCAUGUCCACCAAGACAUAUUCUAUUGAAAUUUCUUCAAAUAAGUGAAGAAGUGGAUGGAGCUGUAGCUGUUCAUUGCAAGGCAGGUCUAGGGCGAACUGGGUCACUGAUUGGCAGUUAUUUGAUCAAGCAUUAUCACAUGACAGCUCGUGAAGCAAUUGGUUGGAUGAGAAUAUGCCGCCCAGGCUCUGUUAUUGGACAUCAACAGGCAUGGUUGGAACAACUGGAACCUUGGCUGACAAAACAAGGGAAUCUAUAUAGGAAACGCACGUUUCAAGAUAUCGAAAAGUUUCCAAUACACGAGUUUGGUGUAUAUUCUGUAACGGAAAAGAUGAUAAAGCAGCAGCGCCCAAUAAUACUUUCCCAAUCACCAACGCCAUUUCCACUAGUUCAGAGGCCAAUUAUUUCUGAUACUGCUCCUCAAGUGAGACCUCAAGCUUCAAAACUGAGAGAGGCUCCUAGUAAGACAACCGAAAGGGAUCAACGUGACUUCAGAGUGAGAUCAUCCAAAUUGAACCCGAGUCACGUCCUUCUAAAUAGUAAAAGGGAUGUUGCAGAUGCAACUGGCGGACCGGUGCGACGGACUAAUGGCACCGGAGAACCACGCCAUACCCUACUGAACGCUACACCACUGCAUUCAGCUUCUCGCAGUGGUUCUAGUAGAUCAGCACGUUCACAGUCGUCACGCCAAACUGCGAAUGAUUCGGAUCCGAAGCCCUUCACAACAAUGUAUCCUCCAAUACCUUCAUACAGUACAACACAAAAUCCAGCAAUAAAAUCUUUGAGUGACGCCAGAAAAUUCCUUUUGAUGAACAGUACGUUUAAAUCGGAUAAGGUUAACGCAUAUAAUAAUCAGGACAAGCCUAAGAAAUCUAUCGGAUCUAUAGCAACGCCACCUUGUAGAAGUGCCAAUAUCGCGGUGGAACAGACUAGUCUUGGAAAUCGUGUAUCUAAUAUGAACAUAUUACCGCGAGAUCUAUUAUUCAACCAACAAAGGCGGCGUCUUGGCCGUAGUCCGAGUCCAAGUCCACUUGGGUCGCCUAUACGUGUAAUAGACCGUAGUCGCGCAACAAACACUACUACGGUUGAAAAGUACAAUCAUAUGGGUCAUGAUUCCAAAGCUACGAUUAAACACGAUUUUUCGAAGUUAUUAUCAGCGCCGCGCAUGGGAUCGGUGGGUGCGGCGUCUUUAGGCGCACGUAGGGAUGCGCCCGCGCCUCGAGCAGCGCCUAGCGUGCGUUCCGACGAGCGGCCCACAGCUACACAAGGGGAUAUGCUUAACAGCAUAAAGUUCCAGAGAAGAUUCAGAGAAACGCCAAUUGACCAUAGUAAAGUUAGGUUUGUAGUGCGAUACCAUCAAGUGCUAUUACGAGCUCGCUUCGAUGAAAAGAAAUGUGUUAGUGAUCCAAUAGAACAGCGCCGCUUGCUAUGGUUGGGACAAGAAGAACUAUUCAGAACUAAACAUCCAAUUCCAUGCAUGAAAUUUCCAUACUCCUAUGGGCUUGCCGCUGGCGUGGCCGCGGAACGUGUUGUGACGCCGCCUGAUUGGGUGUUGGAUUACUGGCAUCCUUUAGAGAAGGCAACGCAUCCAGUUUACUUCAAAAAACGUGAACAAAGGAAGUGUGACUAUCUUAGGCUAUGGUAUGCCGACCAACUGCGAUAAAUGGAAUCGUGGCAAAACGAAUAAUAACUAUAAAAUUACGGUUAAUUUAAAAGUAUGUGUGUAUGCUUAGAAUAAUAACGUGUGUAUGUGUAUCCGAUUUUAGUUAUGUCAGUUUGAGAUU